AUGUCUUCGCUGCUCCCGGCACUGUUAGCAGCAUGUCUCCUAACUUUUGGGGCAACUGACGCCAACAACAAACCGACAACCGACGAAAAUGGUGAGUAUUUCUGCUUUUCGCGGUAAAAGUGAAAAUCUUUCGGUUUUGGAACAUUUCUUCCUGCCUCCUUCCCCUCUCCACUUGAGAUCAUCGCCGAUUAGUUAACGAUGCGCCUAGUUAACGACGCUUAUUCUCUGGUUUCCGUCUUCGAAGAUCAUGUCAUUUUCCUAAUUAUGCAUCAGCCGACGUCUCCCAGGGGACGGAAACCGCCCGGCGGCAGUCAGUCCUUGAUUCCUACCGAGCCGACUUCCUGUAUGUGCGCGGGUCUUUUGGACCACGAGAGUGUUAAUCGUGUCGUUGGCUGAGAGCGGUCGAGACUGCCUUUGUUACGUAAUGUUAUCGUACCGGCCCGGAAGUGCACAUUUCGGUGCGGACCUCCUGCAGAGCCGACCGACCGCACACGUCGUCGUCGUCGUCAUCGCCCAAAACUCAGUAGAUAUGCAGGAUAUUUAUUUGUUUGGCAGCGAGCCUCGAUGUAUAUAUUUUAGGCGAGAUGGGAUUAGGAAAGGUAUCUUGUGAAAGCGAGAGAAUGAGUGGGGGAGCGGCCCACCAGCCUACGUUUUUGAGUUUCCGAAUUCCGAAAUGGAAGUUUCUUUCCGCUUGACGGUUUUGUUUGCAUUUGGGACGAAGCCAACCUAGAAUGUAAGAAGGGCUUUCAUUUGAAUCGUUGUUUAUGAAAGUCAACGGCCUCAUCAGUGGACCAGCCUCUGCGGACCGGAUUAAGGUGUUAUUUGGUGGAAAGGCACCUGUGGAUCAUUGCUGCCACCUGCCCUUGUUAUCGCUCACCUAACAAUCGGUGCUUUAGCUUAUCCGGCCGGGUAUGGAUGACAUUGUUGCAGCCAUAAUUUCGAGGGGAUGCACAACAAAUUAGGCCAACACAAUACCCCGCAUUGUUUCCAAUCUCGCGCAUUUGGUUUCGUUGACGUGUCCUCGAAUUAAUUUGUCCUCUGCUAACAAAUCCAUCGUCGUAGAAACGCAAGUAGAAGCAUCUCUUCUGUUUCAAGUACACCCUCUUGUGACUGUUUUUGUCGGCAUUGUCACAACAUGGAAAGUGAAGAACUGAUUGAUAUGUCCACUAAUCCCAACAGUACACACGAGAACUUUUUGGGUUCUGAUCUCGCCGCCCGACCGACUACUCAUCUGUCAGCAGUUUCCGAGUGAUCACCGAUACUUUUAGUAAACAGCGACCGAAGAUGCUCCUUCCUGCUUCUUGUUGCCCCCCACUGCCCAAAUUGAGUCAAUUAGAGCAAGUAACGGAGAAAUGGAGAAAGACAGCUUGCAAAACAGUAGGGAGACCACAAUUAGAUAGGGCGGUAGUGGUUUAGGCGAUGCACUUUUUAGCGGGUACACCAGAAACACAUGUCAGCCAUUUUCACAGUAGGAGGUGUUGAAACCACCCGACCUUUGCCGCAUAUGUCUGAUUCGCGGAUUAGCACUCUGAUGAAUGGAUGUGGUGGCGACUAAUCGAGUUGCACAACUCUCAUGGUCAGGGUUGUGUUUAUCUAAAAGGGUCCCGAGAUUGUAAUCCAUUCCCUUUUUGGCGGUGGUGUACAUCCACAAAGAUUGAGAUGAUAGACAAGGCGGCGACAACUAGCUGAUGGGCAGUAACCACGCGGGCGUCAAUUGUCAUAUUCGAAACAAAAGAAGCAUAAAAGGAGCGGGCUCUUUUUUUGUCGACCAAAUCCAUCUUUUUCUUUUGAAUGCGAACGGUCGUAAACGGUAAGGUGACCUAUCCGGCUCAAUUAUUCAUGUGAUCUGGGACGGGCAACGGCUCUCGGUGUAAUUUGAAUCCGGGCUUUUAGACGAAACUCUAUCCGCUUCUUAUUUGCUUUGGAUGCCCUCCCGCAUGUGAAUUCACACAAGUUUCGAUGUUGUUUUCGAUGGCUUCGAGUAGAAUUUAUUGAAUAAAGAGGCGCCCGGUGAUGGAAGAGAGGGCUGAAGAGCCACUUAUGACUGGUGGAGGGGAGCACAUCUCUGGAUGCGACACACGUAAUUCGUAAUUGGUAUGCCAGUGUCACCGCCAGCUCCUAAGCGAAUUAGUCGAGACUAGAGGGCCUGUCCCAUCGGUUGACGUCCAUCAGGCGGUCCGUUCGUUCGUCUCUUCAGUCUCUUCCGUUUGUGAGCAAGAGGUGAAUCGGUGUACGAUUACGGUUUCGAUGGCGUAAUGUUGGGAGGAGACUGCUCGUCGCAAUGAAGAGGCUGUUGUACUGUGCAUGGAGAGAGAGCGUGCGGAAGAGAGAGGAAGAAAGACAGAAACGUGAGCACGGGCUGCGCAACAGCAGACGGGAGGAAGGUGAACGGUGUGCAUAUGAAUGAAACAAAUAGAAAUUAUUAUGCGAGUCAUGGCCGACGGGGAAGAUUUCACUGGGGAAAGAAAGGAAGAAUUCAAAUUUCAGGCACCAUCUCACACACGUUCUGCGACGGAGCAGCUGCCACUUUGAGCUGUCCUCCUGGAAAAGUCAUCUCGAUCAGUCUCGGAAACUAUGGAAGAUUUUCUGUGGCGGUACGACGAUUCCUUCCUGAAUCCCUUCUGAAUACCAAUUUUUAGGUCUGCCUUCCUGAAGAUGACGUGGUCCCGUCGAACAUCAACUGCCAGAACCACAAAACCAAGUCAAUUCUGGAGAAGAGGUGAGUUUUACUAUUCGGGCGGAAACUGGUGGACACUAGGUGACCUAACUAACAUAUUCAACGAGUUAUGAAUAGAUGCAGCCGCAUUGGUAAUGUCUUACUCACACCCUCCGACUAUCAAUUGUUGUAUUUGUCGAACCGCUUCUUCUGAAUACUUUCGACGUGUUUACGAAGCUGUUCCCGCAAAUAUGCGGAUAGUUUUACGCUCGUUACCAUUGUUCGGUCACGUCUUAUCACCGGGACCGUACGAAUCGGAAAAAGGCCUUGGCAAGGGAUUAGAGGGCACCGAGUAGUAUACUAAUUGGACAUCAAUUCACAUGGACGCAUCGGUUGAACGAUUCGAAUUGGCACAUCCUGGCAGAGCAGACAGAAACAAUACCGCUAUAAAAAGGGUAAUGAUAUUGCCUUCGUGCGCGCUCGGUGUCGAACAAGGUCGUCCGUCAUUCCGUUUUUUCGGUUACUGUCAGUUGGAGAACAUUCAUUAGCCGACCUCCCUGCCUUCGCAAGAUCACGCAUUUCGAGCGGUGUGGCCGGACGGAUGGCUUGCCUUCUUGUCGAAACGCAUCAUUUCACACUAUCAAACGACUUGCCCCUCCUCUCCUCAUUUUUUGAAUGAAUUGAGGCCGCGGUCGCUGCUGCUGCUUACUUCUGCAGCUGUCUCGAAUCUGUCUUCGUUCGCAAAAGAACGAAAAAGAAGAAGGGACUACCACGGAAGCGGAAAUGACUCCCGCUCCUCUUCUGCUCAUCGCUUUCUUCCUUGCAGAAGCGGUUCGGGUUGAAAUUUCGGAAUUUGAGACUAUAGCACGGGAAGGAGCACUAUUAGAUUGAUGGCCAUUAGAGAAGACCCUUUUCCGCCGAGAAUCCGCCAUAUGUUGUUGUAGUUUCGAGUCUUCUAUGCUCCAAAAGAGCAAAACAAGACGGCAUAAGAAGAGGACAUUUGUGGCGGAUUUUCGUGGAUCAUCAUCAUUUACCAAUUAGAAUUGGAACAUCUCACUACUGCUGCGAGUGUUUGUGUCUUUGCACUGGCAGCCUUCGAAAUGGUUUGGAUGAGAUGAGGAGACAGUUGUGCAAACAAAGCAGCAGUCAAUUAGCUGCGCAAACUACCUUGAAACAGGCAGCAGCAGUCAAGGAGUUCCGCUUUAGUUACCAAGAAAGUUGGGCGGAAAGUGCGAGGGAAUACUUUAUUGUGAGCUCCGAAGUGUCCAUAUCUGUCUGUCAAACGCUGAAAAGAUCGGCCACACCUGUCUAACCCAGUUGUUUGCUUCUUUGGUUCGGAAGCACUAUGCGGUAAAUGGUAACCAGUGUACCGUAUGUUGGACACAUGUUGUUUCUCUGUGGUAGCCCAUAAAUUUCGAUGACUAAUUGCUUCUUCUGGUCCUGUACAAUUAGGUCUCUUUUGGAGCAUGAAAUGGGGACGCACGGCCCAUCGAGGUGUCAAAUUGAUGGCUUCUGCCCCUUCGAUCUUGGUGCCCGUUUCCUCUCGCGUCCAUUCACCCGCCCUUUUCCAUCAAUCUGAAAUGAAAAAUGAGAAAAUUCUGCAGACAUCGCGUACUGGCACCAUCUAGGAUGGGAGGUUUAAUUAACACGUUUUCCUGUUUUUUGAUGGGUGGUUGCUCAAAGGGAAAGAGCCAUACGCUGGUGAGGGAAAAAGGAUUAUGUCGGCGUCGCGCACAAGAAGGGAUUAUGGAUGGACGGGUGUGGAGAGCCCGGGGGCAGACGGCUGCCGACUUCUUGAUGAUUCGCAUCAGUGACGAUAAGUAAUGGGGCAAGGGGCCUUCUUGAGGCUCUGAAGCAAACCGGUCUUCGUCAGGAAGAAUGGGUCGGCUGAUUUGCAUAAACAGAGUGCCUUUUGUGUUUUACCGCAGAUCCAUAGUCAUGAGGUUCUCACCAAUCAAGACGGAAUAGAGGUUAAUUGAGAAAGUUGAGGGCGGCCGACUCGAGUUAUUGUUAUCGAAUGUUCAGUGACCCAUACAACCGAAAGAAAAACAGCUCAUCUGUCGGGACAAUGUCUCCGCGGCGUCGGCGUCGUUUGCUUCAUCUUCUCCUCGACCGGAUAGACUGUUUCUAAUUUGCCUCUCGCCGAAACUUGUUAGAACAAUGGACGAAAUUUGAGACGAUACCCGGAGGGGUAUCCGCGAUCUAACAAGUUCUUGUGUUACUUGUACAAUAGUCCAUCUCUGUGCAAAUGUUUCUCGAUUGACGGAACAGUUCUGCUGAUGAGAGUGGGACUUUGUUGUGUAACACGCCGAUAAUGGUCCCGAAGCUCAUAAUUGUUAUUUCCUUUGUUUCACGGAAGGUGAUUCAAAUUGCCCCUCUCGUAUUUCAUCCUCAUUUAUUGCGUGAGCCUGCUGGUCGAAUUUCGCCAACAAAUGGCUGACCGAUGUCUGUGAAGCCUAUGAUUAAAAAAGGACGAAUUGACGAUGGGUCGAAGUCAGUCGUUCGACGGAUGUAUGUGGUCGUACACGUUUAUGUGACAUCUCGUAGUCGCAUUGUUGUCGGCCGCCCGGGGAGAAGGGGCCUUGAAAACAAAUAAGUUUCGGUAAUUCGGUAUUGUAUGGAUCUGUGUUUGUGCUGGACAGCCGUCUCCUCUUCCUUCCUCCGGACGAAAAGUCUUGACCGGCUUCGAAAGAGGGACCGCCCGUCGUCUUCUUGAUUGAUCGCCUGAUAUAGUAUGCGAGAGGAUGGCCUUUCACCUUCUGGGACCUCCAUGAUUUGUGACGCGAAAACGUGCUGACAGCCCUUUUCGGUCAUGCCGCCUGUUUUGAUCUCCGUAGGGAGUUGCGCAAAGUGAUUGACUACGAAAGCAGUCCUGAUUCGGGAAGAGGCCAUGCACGAGUGAAUGAACUCUGACACCUGUUCCUCAUCCAAAUGGGCGCUCUACUGUAAAAAUAACACGAGGUGGCCAGGUGGUUUCUCCGUUAUUCAAUUGUAAAACAUGGCGUGUUUCAAGUUUCAAGGUCGCUAAGCUUCCGCCCCGGGGCGUUGCGCAAGAUACUGUUAGCAAGGUUAAUCCGGUUACAACCCAAAAUUGGUGGCUAAGAAACAGAUGUGCGAAGAAACUGAGAAAGCAAGGGUAGCAUUUAGAGGAUUACAGUGGUUUGCCGAGGGGCACAUCGAAUUAUGCAAUAAUUGCGAGGUUGUCUCUCCAGAUGUAACGGAAAGCAGACGUGUCGCUUCUUCGUCGACACGUUUCUGUUCGAUGACGCGUGUCCGAUGUCGAGCAAGUACCUGGAAGUACAACACGAGUGCCACGAAGGUAGAGAAAAUGUUGUGAUUGAACACAUUGUCUAGGGUGAUUGAAGAGUGCUUAAUGAAAAACUGUGUCCUUGUUAUUGUACAGUGCUGUGCUCGUGUAAAGUGUGUCUCAAUUUCAGAUGCAAUGGGAAGACGUCUUGCGAUUUCGACAUUGACAGCAAAACAUUCCUGGAGGAUCCAUGUCCGAAUACGCCAAAGUACUUGGAAGUGAAGUACAACUGCGUCGUAGCUGGUUUGUUGCAUGCAUCCUUUUUUUAUCUAAAUGGAAAUAUCAAUAAUUUUGUUGUUUUUGACGUGUUGAUAUCUUAUUUACUUAUCUUGAAAUUAUUUUUAAAAAAAAUCAAAACUUUCAGCUACAACAACUACGACGACGACGACGUCAACGGCAACUCCAGAAGGCAGUGUGAUUGGAGAAGAGGCCGAAGAAGAGAUUCAAAAGGUUAGUGAGGGUGAAUGACCGACGGGAGGGCUAUAAUGAGUUACGACUGUCUAUUUUGUAUUCAUUGGACCGUAUUUGCAGGAUGCUCUCAAUUCGGAGGUGACUGUGAAGCCGAAAAACGACCUUUUCUGCUCUGCAACAAAUCGGCGUGGAGUCAACUGGCAGAACACAAAGGCCGGAACGACGUCGAGUGCUCCGUGCCCGGAAGGAGCGAAUGGAAAACAGUUGUGGGUGUGCGACUCGGACGGACAUUGGCUGAAUGACCAGCCAAACAGUUCUGGGUGCGAAAGUUAUUGGGUGUCAGAAAAGGCGAGCUUCCUGAACAGCGUCUUGUUGAACGAGGACGCAACUGGGAUGCCAGAGCUCCUUCGUCGGAUCAGAACAGACAUAAGACGUCCGAUGGUCGGAGGAGAUCUCCCGAAAGCGCUGCAGAUGUUCGAGAAGGUGGCGAAUGCGAAUGCCGAAGAGCAAUGGGCUUAUCAACAUCAGCAGUUGGUCAACAAAGGACUCAUCGAGGUCAUAAGUCUAACGCUCCGAAAUGAGGAACUUUGGGAGAGUUGGGAUGAAUUACAAAGGAAAGAGUUUGCAUCUCGAUUCAUGCGAGCUGCAGAACGGACGAUGAUCGCCUCGGCAGAAGGGAUGCAGAAGACGAAGGAGUCGAAUGUGAUUGUGCAUCCGAUGCUGAAUGUGGAAGUGUCACACAAGGUAAAGAUGUCGUCCCAGCCAACAGACUACAUUCUGUUCCCUUCGUCGGCGGUUUGGAGUGGACACGACGUGGACAACAUAAACAUUCCGAGAGAUGCCUUCUUGAAAGUCGGUCAAGACGAGACUCAAGUAUUCUUCUCUUCAUUCACGAACCUCGGGCUGCAAAUGACACCUCGAGAUGUCGUAGUUUCCAAACCGGGAACGGAUGAGACAAUCACUCGGAAGCGAAAGGUUGUCACGAAAAUCAUUGGUGCUUCCUUAAUUGUGAACGGAAAAGAAAAGAAAGUGGACAAAUUGAAGCAGCCGGUAAGCACAGUUCCUUUGAAUUCCACACUUAUUCACUUUUUCCAGGUGCGCAUCACUUUUUACCACAAGGAAUCGGCAGUUCGUCACAUGGACUCGCCAGUGUGUGUCUGGUGGAGCCACAAUGAUCUCAACUGGUCGCCCGUCGGAUGCCGUCUUCACUCGCACAACAGAACAAUGACUACCUGCGAUUGCGAUCAUCUCACUCACUUCGCCGUUCUGAUGGAUGUUCAUGGGCACGAAGUUGGAGAAAUGGAUCAGAAGAUUCUCACUUUGCUAACUUACAUCGGAUGCGUAAUCUCCAUCGUCUGCCUUCUGCUCACCUUUUUUGCCUAUCUGAUUUUCAGCAGAAAUGGAGGAGACAGGUACAAUCAAAUAUAAUUCUAACCAAGAAAAUCAUUCCGUUUUCAGAGUUUUCAUCCAUCAGAACCUAUGCCUUUCUUUGGUCCUCGCCGAGAUCACUUUUCUGGCUGGAAUCACUCGAACCGAGGAUUCUCUCCAGUGUGGAAUGAUUGCAGCUGCCCUGAUGUACAUGUUCCUAUCGGCGCUCACAUGGAUGCUUCUUGAAGGAUAUCAUAUACAUCGGAUGCUCACCGAAGUGUUCCCAUCGGAGCCCCGACGCAUCUCCUACCUGCUCAUUGGCUACAUCUCUCCGGCCGUCAUCGUUUUCAUCGCCUACUUGUUCAACUCGAACGGGUUUGGAACUGCCGACCACUGCUGGCUCACCACUCACAACCACUUCAUCUGGUUCUUCGCCGGCCCCGCUUGCUUCAUUCUCUGUGCUAACACAUUAGUGCUCUUCAAGACACUCUGCACUGUCUAUCAGCACACGAGCGGAGGCUAUCUGCCGUGUCGUCACGACGUGGAUUCCGGAAGAACCAUUCGCAGUUGGGUGAAGGGAUCGUUGGCACUGGUCAGUCUGCUCGGAGUCACGUGGCUCUUCGGACUUUUCUGGAUCGACGACACCCAUUCCGUUGUGAUGGCGUACGCAUUCACGAUCACCAACUCGCUCCAAGGCCUCUUCAUUUUCCUGUUUCACGUCCUUUUCGCGGAAAAGAUGCGAAAAGACGUCGCCCACUGGAUGUACCGUCGUGGAUGCGGAGGAUCCAGCCAUUCGUCGCCCAACCACAAACGGCACAAUGCGCAGAGAGACCUGAUGUCUCCGGGACUCAACAGCUCGACUGGAAGCGAAUUCCUCGUAAGUUCUUCCCGUUUCACUUAAUGUCCAUUGUCACAUUGUCCUACUGUACUGUGCAAUUAGAAAAAACGAAUCGUUGUGACGAAAAAGGCAGACUACUCGCCAGUCGCCGUGGCGAACAGAAAAAACCGUGAGAAGUGUGGAAAAGAGUGAAUUAUCUAUCUCCCGGUGACCCAUUCGAACUAGAACUAAUCGUAUUCAUCUUUCAACUCUAAACUGCCUAGUUUGAAGCUAAUAACAGUGUGGCCUUCAGAUAGCCUUUCUUUCUUUUCAUAACUUUCCAAUUUUCAGUACAACACGAACGACAAGUACCUGAGCAACUCGGAUACUGCGAAUCGAUUCGCGUAUAACACGCGACUGCCUCAUCCGAGUCAAAUGUCCGUCUACCAGCAUCAUCCACAUCAUCAAAUCUACGAACAACAACCGGGUAAGCACGUUUCAUUCUGAUUCCAUCAACGAGUUACUCCAAUUCCAGGAACUUACGACUACGCUACGAUCGCCUAUGGUGACAUGCUUCCUGGCCAAAUGAAUCGCAUCGCAGCCCCUCCGGCUUAUCAGCGUAUGGCGGUCGCUGAAGGUCGGUACGGAAGUCAGCACCAGCUGUACCAAGGCUGGCAUCACCGUCCUCCGCCGGAGUUCUCUCCGCCUCCUCCGCCACAAGUGGCGUCUUCCAUGCCACGCCAAUACAACACGGGGUCGAGUGGAAGACGUCCGCCGAGCUCGAAGAUGAGUGACGACUCCGCCUAUUCAGACGGGGGAUCCUCGUCGAUGCUGACGACGGAAGUGACUCCGCAAGGACAAACAGUGCUGCGAAUCGAUCUGAACAAGCCGAACAUGUACUGCCAGGACUUGUAG